GCUAUUAUCGUGUUGUCGAACUCGGAAAAGCCUCCGAUUUUGUUGUAGGUUAUGAUUGAUCCAAGUUUUUAUAUCAUCAAGUAAAAAUGAGAAUAAUAAUCGUUUUCUUUUCGCUGGUUUUGGUAAAUGUUUCAAUCGCGAAAAAAUUCAAAGAGAAUGAGAAACCAGAGUGGGCUAAGAAGGAUAUUAGGGACUAUACCGAAGCCGACAUGGAACGUUUAUUGGAACAGUGGGAAGAAGAUGACGAGCCAUUGGAAGAAGAUGAAUUGCCUGAACAUUUACGUCCAUUGCCGAAAUUAGACAUGUCCCAGCUGGACCCCAAUAACCCUCAAAGCCUGCUUGAAGCGUCAAAAAAAGGGAGAACUUUAAUGACUUUUGUUAGCGUUUCUGGGAAUCCCACACGGGAAGAAACUGAAGAACUUACAAAAUUGUGGCAAACUAGUCUUUGGAACAAUCACAUUCAAGCAGAAAGGUAUUUAGUAGACGACGACAGGGCGAUUUUUUUGUUUAAAGAUGGGUCACAAGCUUGGACUGCGAAGGAGUACCUUGUGAAACAAGAACGGUGCAAGGGGGUUACUAUCGAAGGGAAAGAGUAUCCAGGGGAAUUCGCAAAUGUUAAAGAAGAAUUAUAACGUAAAAUAAACCUUUAUUAAUAUAUUUUUGUUACAUUUUUUUAAAUAAAUAUUUGAGGAAAGAA